AUGGAACUCAACCUCUCUACGCCCACAUCAUGUUCCUCCAGCAGCAUCUCGUCAUCUUCGCAUGAGAUCAUCCCGAGGACCAAGGGGAAAAUGAAAGAGAAGAUUGCGGCUGAACCAGCGGUGGAGACUCCGCGGCUCGAGUUCCGCUUCCUGUUCGACGAAAAUAUAAGAAACUCUGGCUUUGGAGGAGUUUUAGAUGAUGAGGCACAAGGGGCGAGGAACGAUGCUAAAGCGAGGGUGUUUGCUUGCACCUUCUGCAAAAAAGAGUUCUCUACGUCGCAAGCCUUGGGAGGACAUCAAAACGCUCACAAGCAAGAGCGAUCAUUGGCUAAAAGGCGUAAGGAGAUGGAAAUAAACUACCCUGGACUCUCCUUCUACAGCCAGUACCCGCCGCCAAGUGGUAUUUCCUACAACGGCAGCAGCUCCUCGCAAUAUGAUCUUGGGGUUCGUUACAAUCCUAACAUUGCUAAAACUAAGCAGCCCUUUCCUUUCAACGUCUUCAGAUGUCGGCUUGGAUACAGAGGGCUUAAUAUCCCUAUGUUGUCUCACCUCUCGGUUCCACAGACUGACGAUUUGUCCAAAAAUUUGAUUGCAAACCUAGAGGGCAACGUUCACGUGCAAGGCGAGGGAAAAGAUCAACCGGACACUGAUACUUCCAACGAUUCUGAUAUAGACUUGUCUCUCAAGCUAUAGAUUUCUUUUUUUCUCGGGAGGGUUAAAUUUUAUUAGUUGUUCCUUG